AUGACAGUAAAAGCCGAGUCAUUGGACGGUGAUACCAGCCCGCCGGCUGCUGUAUCAUUUUUUGAUCCAUCUCUCAAGGAGGUUCGACGGCGGGUAUUCUACCAAUGGACUCGCACUUUGUUAAUUUUGUGCGUCUUCAUAUUCGCUGUACUAUCUCUCUUCUGGGGGUCCCAAUACCGCACUGAGGCCAACUUCCCAGCGUUGAAUGUAUGGGUUGUCGAUUUUGACGGCCAAGUUGACCCAUACCGCUCCAGCGAAACCAUUGUCGGUCCAGUAGUUAUCGAUGUCACCAACAAAAUCCUGCAGUCUGACAGCCUUCACCUCGGCUACACUAUCAAAUCCCCCGCCGACUUCAACUAUGACCCUUGGGCCGUGCGCCAGGGCGUCUACGACCAACAUGCUUAUGCCGCUGUGAUAAUCAAUCCAAAUGCCACAAUGCUGCUCCGAAAUGCAGUCUCCAAUGGCAACACAACCUACGAUCCGACCGGUGCCAUCGAGACCAUCAUCAUCUCUGCGCGCGAUCAAACAACCUACUACAGCUAUAUCCUACCCAACCUGGCCAUCCUACAGCAGAUGGUGCUAGCAGAGUUCGGUCCGCAAUGGAUCCGGUCGGUGGCCUCAUCCGUCAGCAACCUAUCAUCUGUGCCCCCGCAGGCGAUCAACCCGGCCAUUGGGUUCACGACCGUUGAUCUACGUCCUUUUGCCCCGGCUGUUGCUGCACCUGCCGUGACAAUCGGUCUGAUCUAUCUGAUCAUCAUUGCGUUUUUCAACUUCCCAUUCCUUAUGCCUGUUCAUGCCCUGUUCAUAAAACCAGAUGGUCAUCCGCCGCUGAAGGUGCCACAUUGGCUCAUCUGGCGAGCUCUCUCAAGCAUCAUUGCUUACUUCUUUCUCUCUCUGUGCUACUCACUCGUGUCUCUGGCUUUCCAGAUUACCUUUGACAAUGGCUCUGCAUCGGAUGUCCUGUCCGCAAGUAACCCCAAUGCCUAUGGCCGUGGCUCAUUUGUCGUGUUUUGGAUGCUGAACUGGGUUGGCAUGGCUGCUUUGGGAUUCCCCUGUGAGAAUAUGGCUAUGAUCCUUGGGUUCCCAUGGAGUGCCUUCUUCCUGAUCUUUUGGGUUAUCACAAAUGUUGCAACAGGGUUCUACGCCAUUGAUCUGGCUCCGGGGUUCUAUAAAUGGGGGUAUGCAUGGCCGUUACAUCGAAUUGUCGAAGCUAUGCGAACCAUCCUUUUCGAUACCCAUUCGCGCAUUGGAUUGGACUUUGCUGUUCUCUUCAUUUGGAUUGCAGUAUCCUUGGCAUUUUAUCCUUUUGCCGCCUUCAUCAUGCGGUGGAAGAUGAAGCGGGGGAUGUAA